GUGGCAUAGCAUACCCAUUCUAUGUAGAGCCUUACUUUGGAUAGUGAACGUGAAUGUAGCUGGAGGAGUGUCGGGAGGGUCACUCUGCGACGUCUGCGUGUGCCGAAGUGGUGCCGUGUUGGUGACCGGUCGAUAUGAAGAUUAGGGCUGUGUCGACAUUUGUUAUCAUUGACUUGAGUAUAUUUUAUAAUGAGAGAUUUUCUAUUCGUUAUCGGCAACUUAUCGCUAAAGUGGGUAGCUCUUAAAUCUUAAUUCUUUUAAAUCUUUUGGAUUUGGCCAUUUACAAUUUGCACGUUUUUGUUGCGAACCUUUACCGCUUCACUGUUAUAUUUAUUGUUCAACUGUUCAAGUAAUAUUUCUACAUUUUCGUCAACGGAUCUUUUCUGUGACUGUUAGAUGAAACAAUGGUAAAAAAUAAAUAUCAGUAACAAGCUCAAAAAAACUACAAGCAAUAACAAAUUCUAUCAAUCAAACAAAUGCAAAAAGGUAAAAAUAAAAUGAAUGAUUUUCCAAUUCAAGGUUGUUCUACUGAAGCAGAUGGACAAAAUGAUAAAUUAAUUUUAGGUACAGAAAGUUCUCCAAAAAAGUAUAAUGGAGUAAAGAAAUCUGAUGAUUAUGAUGCACCAUCAAUAAAGAAAACAUUUGAACUCUCUGAAAGUAUUACUAACAAUGUUAAACGAAGCAAAAGACCUAGAGGAUUAACCAAUUUAGGAAAUACAUGCUUUUACAAUUCAGUUUUGCAAUGUCUAGCACAAACUCCAUUUAUAAGAAAGUUGUUAUUUGACAUAAGUGAAUCUGGUAAACCAAUGACCAUAAAAUUAGAUAAUGAAGAUAUUAUUGUGCAUCAAGAAAAAUGGAGUUCAUUAACUGAAAACCUGUACACCACACUACAAGAAAUAACAAACGAACAAGAUUCAACAUUUACACCUAGUGCACUUCUCGAAUCAUUAAGAAAAAAAUGCAAAAUGUUUAUUGGCUACGGUCAACAUGAUUCUCAUGAAGUUUUACGCCAUCUUUUAGACUCUGUUCGUGAUGAUGAUUUGAAGCGUUAUAAAAGGACAAUUAUACAUCAUUAUAGUUUAUCAAUGAAAGUUGAACCAAGUGAAGUGGAUGAAAAAAAUACUGCAAUAAUUAAAGAACUUGGCAAAAAAUUGCAAGAUUAUGUUGUCUUACAUCCUGAUCAUGUAUUCAAAGGAGAACUUUUGAGUGUCAUUCAAUGUCAAAAUUGUGGUUAUAAAUCAGAGGUAACAGAAAGUUUCCUGGAUUUAAGUUUACCAAUCACAGUUGAUAAGACCCAUCAAUUAUGCUUCCCACGUAAAGAAGAUAAUGAUGUUUUUAGUCAAUAUAAGCAUCAAACAAAAGAAGAAUGUAAAUUAGCAUUAAAACAAGGAAAGCUAAACAAACAAUUUAACAAUAAAAUACAAGAUACAUUAGCUGUCAAUUAUGAUAAGGGCAUAGAAAACAAUACCGAAAUUGAAACAAAUGAAAUAGAAAUGUCUGUUUGGAAGAAUGAAAACAAAGAAAAUUCAGAAUCUGGAUAUGGUUCUGAAAAGCAGCCAUCUAAUAACACAAGUCCUUCUCAAAGUAUAACUGAAUUUACAACAUUUAUGAAUAACACUCCACUAGCUGAUUCUGACAGACAAUUGGAUGCUACUCAACUUUAUUUUCCUGAGUUGCUUUCUGUACUAUCUGCUAGUCCUUCUAACAGCCCUAGUUCACCUCAAGGGUCGUUACUUGAUUCCGUGCAUGGCAAUGUCAGUCCAGACUCCAUGGAUGCGUGGACAGAUAGUGCAAACGAAAAUCUGGAGUGUAACAGUCCUACACAAAAUGUUAUUAAUAACAGAGGUUAUGGACUAUUUGAAGAAGAUGUAGAGGAUGAAGAAGAAGGUGAAUUUUCUCAACAAUGUCCACAAGCAACAUUGCAAUUUCAACCAAAUUAUAAAGAUAACGAGUGCUCAGUUUUGACUUGUCUUAGUCAAUUUACUGCCUCUGAAGUAUUGAGCGAUGAUAAUAAAAUUUCAUGUAAAAGGUGCACUGAACAACCCAAAAAAAAAGCAAAUGUAGAGAAAACAAUUUAUUUCCAAAGUACCAUACAAAUGUUAAUUAGUUCUCCUCCAGCUAUUUUAAUAUUGCAUCUAAAACGGUUUCAAAUGUGUAAUUCAAUUACACGUAAAAUUACAACAAAUGUAUCAUUUCAAUGGAUUUUAGAUAUUGCUCCUUACUGCUCUGUUAAAUGUCAAGACAAGUUAAGCCCUGGUCAAAACAGAAUAUUGUACUCUCUUUAUGGUGUAGUGGAACAUAAUGGAUUUUUGCAUAGUGGUCAUUAUCUUUCAUACGUAAAGGUCAGAGAUUCAGUUAAAGAUGAUAGCUACCGAUAUUCAUUUUUAGAAGGCAGUAAAACCAAGCCACCAAAAGUUAUUGAUGGCAAUGAUGAUCCUUCACAUUUAGCUCCGAGUGGUACCUGGUAUUGUGUCAGUGAUAGUAUGGUUAGACAAGUAACACCAACAGUUGUUCAAAGCUGUCAAGCCUACUUAUUGUUUUAUGAACGAAUUUUAUAAUACUAUUUAUGUAUAUUGUAUAAUAUAUUAUUAUUGUCUUAUUCAAAAUGAAACAUUUAAGCAAUUCAAAUGGAAUGAUUAUUUUUAAUCAAUAUUUAUGUAUAUUGAUAGAUAAAUUGUAUUUAUUAUAUAAAUUAUUGAAAAUUAUUGUUGUAAAUAAUUAUUUUAUAAUG